AUGUCAAUGACGGGAAGCUUGAUGGGUUACGAGAACAAUAACGAGGUAAAUCAAGCAAAGUGUAAGAAGCCAUUGAAACCGCUUCCGAUAGUGUCCAGCAUAAAUUCCAGCGGUAUCACGACCACCAACAAAACAAAAAAGCCGCGAAGGUCUACCAGACGAAACUCUUGUAUACGGGGUCACGUGAAUAGUUUGUGGUCCGUCUGGUACGGCGUUUUGGCGGUCGCUUUUCAAGCUUACAUCGGCUUGAGAUACGCGAAAAGGUUCGCCGCGUAUUUAUCGUUACCUUGGCCGGCGGACGCUCCACCACCAAAGGUGGAGUUGUACGCGUGUCUGGUGCUGGCCGGGGCUGGGGUCGUUCUGCUGCCGGUUCUGCUUGGCGCGGCCUUCCUGAAGCUCGGCAACCUGGCGAACGAUGGGAUAAAACUCGGUCGUCAUUUGAGCGCGUGUUCGCGCGACCCGCCUUCCUCCUUGCUCACCAACAAUCCUGAUCACAGUCAGUAUAUGUGCCAUUUACUAAACGCAAGAAAGAAGGGAAACCAGAGCAUUUGUUACCUGAUCCUCCGCAGGUUUGGCGAAUAA